UCUCAGCGAUGGCAAUUUCAGCUUCGUUUCGUCUAUUCUAUGCCAGAUUCCCACAAUCUCUCCUCCACCCCAAUACCCCAAUCUUCAAAACCCUCCUUCUAUCAAAACCACCAAUCCCCCCAAAGCUCUCUUUCUUCAAAUCAAUCUCAAUUCAAAGACUCCCCACAAAACCUCUUGCUUCAUCAUCAUCAUCUUCAGCCUCUGUUUCUCUCCAACCCAUUGAAGAACUCCCUCCGAAGCUCCAAGAAAUCGUGAAGCUCUUCCAAGCCGUCCAAGAACCCAAGGCCAAGUACGAACAGCUCUUGUUCUAUGGGAAAAAUUUGAAUCCCCUCGAUACCCAAUUCAAGACCAGCGAGAACAAGGUUCAGGGUUGUGUCUCUCAGGUCUGGGUCAGAGCAUAUCUCGAUUCGGAGAAAAAUGUUGUCUUUGAGGCCGAUUCUGACUCGGUUCUCACCAAGGGACUCGCGGCUUUGCUAGUUCAGGGGCUUUCGGGCCGGCCUGUUGGGGAGAUUUUGAGGGUUUCGCCUGAUUUCGUAGUGCUUCUUGGGUUACAACAGAGUUUGACUCCAUCUAGGAAUAAUGGGUUUUUGAAUAUGUUGAAAUUGAUGCAAAAGAAGGCUAUACAGCUUUAUGUGGAAGCUGAAAAGGCCAGUGAAUCGGGCAGCGAAGCAGUGGGGAGCGGAGAAAACCCGGUCGUGGAUUCAAAUUCAGGCUCGAAAAAUGGGUUUGGUGUUGGGGAUUUGAAAGCUGGAUUGAGUUCUGAAUCAGCAAUUGAUGAUUUAGAAUCGAAUUCAGACGGUGGUGUUGGGUUGGGGGGUAGAGGAAAGAGAAUUGAGGAGAAAUUGAAGAGAGAGCUUAGGCCUACUGAGUUGCAAGUCGAAGAUAUAUCUUAUCAGCACGCAGGGCAUGCCGGUGUUAGGGGCAGUGAUGGUGAAACACAUUUUAAUGUGAAAGUGGUGUCGAAAGAGUUUGAAGGCAAGAGUAUGGUUAAGAGACAUAGGCUAAUUUAUGAUUUGUUGCAAGAUGAGUUGCAGAGUGGAUUGCACGCAUUGUCAAUUGAGGCAAAGACACCAUCUGAAGUCGAUGGGAGGUGAAUUUUUUUUGCGAGAGAGGUUCCUUUUUUUCAGUUCUUUGUUUUUGUUCGUUUUAGUCCGGUGAUCAAUUUAUGCUCUUUAAAUUUUUACAAGCAUUGUACCUUAUAGAACUUGGAGGAUGUGAUAGCAUUGUAUGGUUGAUAUUAAUGCUUAAUAAAUUCCAUUUCAGAGUA